AUGCAUUCUAAAAUUAGCGCCGUCUUGAAUAUACAUAAGUUCUUCUUUGGUUAUGGUCUUGUGAUGAUGCGGACUGUCAAUGCCGAAUAUCAGCCAAAUGACGGUCCAGACCAAUCCGACAGCUCCCAAUGUGUAGAAGGCCAUUGGCCAACCAAAUUGCGAGCCACAGAAAUAACCAGCAACGGGCAUCACCAUCACGGUACCCAAUGGACCACCUGCAAAAACAACGACGUCGCCCUAUCAACAUUAUAUGAUGAACAUUCAGUUUCAACCCAAAUUAGUUUAAGAGCAUUCUACGAUGGUAUCGACAAUUCAAGAAGACAGGUUCCAUUACUAAACGUAAAAGUACCGGAAGACCACGAGUUCCUGACGAAAUGGUGGACGCAGUUAGACACAGUUUCACCCGUUCUCCGAGACAGUCCACUAGCAGAGCAGGAAGUGAACAGCCAACCGUAUGGAAAAUUUUGCGGAAACGAUUGCGAUGCAAACCGUACCGUCUACAGAUGCUACAAAGCUUACGACCUGACGACCACGAUUGUCAUCUUUAGGCUGCCUAAUCACAGAAGGGCGAUUUUGGUUUUGAUGCUGAUUAGAGCUGAUUUGGAAGAGAUGCAUUGGUCGUGGUUGUUGCCCAAAUGUGAAGUACUUGUGGUUUGA